GACAAGGAAGAUGGGAAACUGCAGACAAUGGAGCCUGAUGCUGGUGGUGGUUGUCAUGGAGAUGGUUGAUCUGGCCUGUGAUUGGUUCUUCUUCUCCCAGCUCCAUCAGACAGACGACGAAUACGUCACACAGAACAUCCAUCUAAAGUGGCUUGUCCUGGCCUUUGGUGUCGUGGGAACCUUUUCUUUUAUAUUUGAAAUAAUUAACCUGGGUUUUGAGGUGUUCUCUGACCGGGGUCCCUGUCUCUAUGCUGACACUGUCUCCACGGUAACCACCUGGGUGGAGGACGUGCCCCAGAUCUGCCUGGCACUGACCGUGGCGAUCCAUCAGCGGAGUCUGAUCCACUGGAUCCAGUUCGUGAAGGCCGCGUGGGCCCUGAUGGAGCUGAUCGUCCGGGGGGUGGGGCAGUGUCUGUAUUGUUGUGUAAUCUCGGAGAGACACAGCAAGAAACUCAACUACUGUGUCACCGUGUUCAAGUUCAUAGCACAAGUCGUAAUCCUGGGAUGUACUAUAGCUGUGUUAGUACAUUUAUUGAAGUAGAGGGCGGUACCAAGCUCAGUGUAACAAUAACUUGUUGCUAUCCUGGCAUGUACUAUUGCAGUGCUAGUACACAUCUUGAUUAAUAAGAGGAGGGUGGUACCAAGCUCGUGCACAAUGUCUUGUGGCAACAGGAAUCUCAGUGUGAAGAUAAAUGUAAUUCAUGUUGUGGAUUGUGAAUAUAUCUGUGCUUUAACAGUCAACAUACCAGUCCCCUCUGUCUGACAUUUCUGGUACAGAUGGGAUGUGGUGGAAUAGUUUAAGUCAGAGCUUUCAUUGACUUCAUUCAAGUUUACAGCUUUACAACCAGAUUUUACAAUUAUUAUUUCUGACACAAAACAGAAUGUUAAAUAUCAUGCCAAGUACUUUUUCAUUGUAUGUAAUGCUGCAACCUUUAUAUUUUCACACAGUUUGAUACUUUAUAUUGUUAAACAGAUAUAAAUUGACCAAAAACUUCAGUACUGGAGAGUAUGUUGUAUGUACAGUCUUCAUGUUGCCCCUUGGGGGCCCUUAAUUGGUUAAUAAAGAACUUGAAAUUGAAUUGUAGUCCUCAAACCAACGACAUUUUUUUUGGACCUAAAACAAAAGUGUUUUGAGGACAAGAUGCAAUUUCAUUUUUCACUUUAUGCUUUUUCAUGGUCAUUAUUUUCUACACCUGUUUCAUUACUAAGAAUAUUCUAUAUCUUCACCACAGCAGUAUUUCUCACAGAAGUGUUAGCUACUGGAUAAGGAAAGGUUUUGUGCUGCAUCAAGGAAGGCAAAAAAUAAAUAUUUUCACAUAAAAUAAAAUCUCUCAUAGUUAUUCUUUCUAUUGCUACAUGCAUAUUGAAUUCCAGGUGAUAUAAAACAUGAGUUGUACUUUCCUUCAAAUUAUAUGACAAACAGUUAUACUUGUUUUAACUCCAUGGGACCAAGAAAAAACUUCAGAAUAUCCAGCGAUUCAAAAUACUGGGGUAAAAAUACUGAAGGUGGAAUAUUACACAUCAUCACAACAUGGCUGACCUCUGCUCGAAACGACAUUCGUUUUAUUAAGAUGAUUUUAUAGCAGCGAUGUGCAACUUACUACAUAGCCGAGUGGAUAAAGUGUCGGACUUGUGAUCUGUACAUCUUGAGUUCGAAUCCCGCAGGGGCUUGUGUUGUUACUUAGUGAAGUGAAUUUUUUGGAUAUUAAUUUUUUUUUAUCCCCUACUGCAAAAUUUUCGCUUAUUUGACAUGUACAGUCUAUUCAUCAUUAUAUUUUUCAUAAUUAAAAAAUUACUGUUAAUUUGAGUGACUUUUCCCAGGGUGUUAUUCCACCUUAAUACAGAAAAUGAGGAUCAGGACCAAAUCGCUGUGAUUAAUCCAUGGAAAUCCCAACAUCAUUAUUUAAGAUAGCAAAAUUUAACAAAAUAUUAAGA